UUAUUGAGUAAGAAGGACAAGAUAUCACUGAGAGAAUCAAGUACAACCUUGCGGAGACGGAUGGAUGAAUUGGAGAAUACUUUUAAAGUUUGGACGAUAGAUGAAAUAGUAGACUCUACCAAGCUGAGAAGAAUAGCUGACGAGAUAUGUACAAUUCAAGAGUUGGAAAUCCCUUAUCUUUCUACUUCCGGUUGUGGUCCAGUGUUCAAAUACUUGGUGGAGAAACACCAGGAACUGGAAACUAUCAACUUAGGGGUUUACAGUGCCGAGAAUGAAGAUGAAAUCGUGCCAACAGUAUUCUCUCAUCUCAAUCUAAGAUCUAUUACUAUCUUUGAUGUGUCAAGAGAUAUAUUGCAUUGUCUGUCCAUUCCUGGCACUCUCCUGAUCUUAGAGAAGCUGGAGAAACUGAAACUACGGCGUUGUUUGUCAAAUAAUGGACUGAUUGAGAUACUUAGAAGAUCCAAAAGUAAUCUGAGAGAAUUAGAUUUAUUUGGUUCCAGCAUAACAGGGAUUGGUUUAGAGGAAGGAGUAAACUCUCUUUCAAACCUAGAGACACUGAACCUGGCUUAUUGUCAGAAACUGACAAAUGAAGGACUGGUGGAGAUUCUGAGAAUAUCUGAGAAUAAACUCAGGGUUCUAGAUUUAUCUAAUACUAGGAUAACAGGGAGUGGUUUAGGAGUUAAUUCUCUACCAAACCUGGAGACACUAAACCUUGCUUAUUGUCGUAAACUGACAUCUGAAGGACUGAUUGAGAUCCUCAGAAUAUCUGGGAAUAACCUCAGAGUUCUAAAUCUAUCUAGAACUAGAAUAGUAGGAAUUGGAUUAGAGAGAGGAGUAAAUUCGCUACCAAACCUAGAAAGAUUGAACUUGUCUUGCUGUGAUAAAUUGACGGAUGGAGGAGUGGUGGAGAUUCUGAAAAUAUCUGGGAGUAAACUUAGAUAUCUUGAUGUGUCCGUGAGUAAUAUAACAGGGAUUGGUUUAGAGAAAAGAUUAAUCUCUCUUCCAAACCUAGAAAUACUAAAGGAGUCUCCUGGAGAUACUGAGGAUACUGAGGAUACUGAGGAUACUGAGGAUACUGAGGAUACUGAGGAUACUGAGGAUACUGAGGAUACAGGUCUCCUGGAGAUACUGAGGAUAGCGGGGAACAGAUUGAAGACUAUGAUUUUCCCAGCUCUGAAAACAUUGAAACUUAGAAAUUGUGAUAAACUGAUGGAUAACGGGCUGAUCGAGAUACUGAGAAUAUCUAGGAGCGAACUUAAAGAUUUGAAUAUGUCAGACAGUUGCAUAACCGGGAUUGGUGUGAAGGAAGGAGUAAAAGCUCUACCAAACCUGGCGACACUGAAGUUAUCUCAUUGUUUUAAUUUGGCAAAUGAAGGAUUGGUGGAGAUACUGAGUAUAUCUGGGAGUAAGCUCAGAUAUCUGGAUGUAUCCUGUUCCUGUGUAUCAGGGAUGGGUUGGGAGGAAGAAGUAAAAUCUCUACCAAACCUUGAAACUCUGAUCCUGAAUACAUGUUCUGAAUUGUUCGAUGAAGGACUGGUGGAGAUAUUGAGGAUAUGUGGGAGUAAACUGGUACAUCUGGAUGUAAUCUUGUACAAGUGUAACAGGAAUUGGUCUAGAAGACGGAGUAAAAUCUCUCCCUAUGUUGGAGAACCUGAACCUGGGAGAUUGUGA